AUGCCUCUCUCUCGCCUUUUCGUCACGGCUGGCCUGGCUGCCAGCUUUCUGGCUCGCAAUGCAGUCGCAGCUGCUGUUCCUCCCCCUUCGACCGAAUGCACCAGCUAUUCCAUCAUCACCACGCGCGGCUCACUCGAGGAGCAGGGUCCGAGCGAGCCUUUCAUUCCGCUGAACAAGUUCAUCACGAAGGCGCUCAAGCCAGAAGGCAAAGAACAUGACACAGUCUACGCUGCCAGCUGGUAUCAGAACAGCAAUGCUGGCACCGGUGAUAUCAUCAAACAGGUCAGCGAAGCCGAGCCCGGCCACUGCUUUAUUCUGGAAGGAUACUCUCAAGGCGCCACAGCCACUGUCAAUGCUCUGCAACAUCUUAACGACCACUACGACCGCAUCCUCGGAGUCAUCCUCUUUGGCAAUCCAUGUCGCUCUCAAGGUACGCCGAUGCUGCCUGCCACUCCGCAAGAGGACCAUAAGAUGCCCUUUUGGAUGUCAAAGGACUCACCUGGUAUCCUAGUCGGCACGCUCCUCUGUCCCACGCUGGAUGGCGUCGUGCCUAAGAAUUGGAGGAGCAAGGUCAUGGACAUCUGCCAGCCCGGCGACGCAAUGUGUGCCAGAGGGUGGGCCUGGGUGAAUGGACUGGUGACAGAUGAGCACGCGGGAUAUGGGACGAAUGAGAAUGCGCAGAGGAAGGCAUUCGAUUUCGCGACGGGUGUCGUGCGAACUGCUUUGGCAGUCAAGGCGGCGAAGACGAACAAGACUGGGUACGAGCUGGUAUCAGUGAAGAAAGGUGGCGAUGGGCACGCCCAGCAGAACGGAGAAGCGAAGGCCGCGAAGGAUGCGAAGGCGAAGGAGUUGAAGGGCAGGCCUCAGCAGACGAAGCCUCAGCAGACGAAGCCUCAGCAGACGAAGCCUCAGCAGUCGGAUGAGGACCACCCAAGGACUGGGAAGCAGAGCAAGUCGAGUGACCAGAAUGACAGUAUCAAGAAAGGGGCGAAGGAGCAGAAGAAAGACGAUCGGAAGGGAAGAAAGAAGGGCGAGGACUCCUCGCCGGCAAAACAGCAGCGCGAGCAGGGGAUGACUCGCAAAGGCUCGCAAAGGCACUCGUGA